CCCACGCCGGCCGAACGUUCAUUUCACAACCAUCAUCAUUCAUAAAUUCUAACAAACCUUCUUACAUUAUUAUACAAACAACCCUCAAACCAUCACCAUGCAAACAAGCAUGAAUUCAAGUAUGAAUGACGCGAGCCUUAGUGCUCGGAGUCUCAACUCCACCACUACGGAUCAGUUAAAGCUUUCAGAAAGCUCAAGAAGCGAAUCUCCAACCGCUUUAAGUGGUUCCUUGUCUUCCUCUAACCGUGCACUGCCACUACCGGCCCCCACCAAGGGUGAGAUACGCGAGCUGGUGAGGGCCGGUGGUGGGACACUGAGUUUAGAAGAACUGAGAUUUGUGCACAAGUUAGGGAGUGGGGAUAUUGGGAGUGUGUACUUGGUGGAGCUAAAAUGCGCUGAGGGGUGUAUGUUAGCUGCGAAGGUGAUGGAUAAGGAAGAGUUGAUGAGUAGGGAUAAAGAGAGCCGGGCGAGGGUAGAAUUGGAAAUACUAGAAAUGUUGGAUCACCCGUUUUUGCCGUCGCUUUAUGGUAGUUUGGAUGUCGACCGGUGGUCUUGUUUGUUGACGGAGUUUUGUCCCGGUGGUGAUUUGCAUAUUCUCCGGCAACGGCAACCCGAACGGAGGUUUGAUGAAGCUGCUGUUCGGUUUUAUGCAUCAGAAGUUGUGGUUGCCCUAGAAUACCUUCACAUGAUGGGGAUAAUCUAUAGAGAUCUAAAACCCGAAAACGUUCUUGUCCGAUCGGGCGGUCAUAUAAUGCUUACCGACUUCGAUUUAUGCCUAAGAUGCAACGAUACCACAAGCCCGAAACUUGUUCAAGGUCAAGAGCUAGCCAUAACUAGUCCAUUAGUGUCCAAGGGUUCAUUGUCCUCAUGCAUCCUUCCUGGUUGCAUCAAGCCAAAGCUCUCUUGUUUCCACCCCAAACGGAAACGAAAAACACGACCCACUAAACGUCCACCCUUCGACAUAGUGGCAGAGCCGGUGGAGGCUCGGUCUAUGUCAUUUGUUGGUACCCAUGAGUAUUUGGCACCCGAGGUCGUAUCUGGUGAAGGGCAUGGCAAUGCAGUGGAUUGGUGGACUCUAGGGAUAUUUGUGUAUGAGUUGUUUUAUGGUGUGACACCAUUUAGGGGUAGUGAUAAUGAGUUCACCCUAACAAGCAUUUUGGCUAGAGGGAUUCAGUUUCCUAAAGAACCGGUGUCGUCUGCGGCUAUGAAGGAUUUGAUCACAAAACUCUUGAUCAAGGACCCGGCUAAGCGAAUAGGGUCCAUGAAGGGCGCACCAUCGAUCAAGCACCACCCGUUUUUUGAUGGUGUAAAUUGGGCGCUUCUACGAGGGGCUUCACCACCAUAUGUUCCUAAACCGGUCUCUUUUCAAGAUUUUGUUGCACAAAAUGAUCAUUGUGAUGAUCAUAUUGAUUAUUAUUAGUCAUAAAGACUACAAAAUUUGUUGUUUUAUAUGCCCUUUUGUGUUUUGUUUUUUUGGUUAUUUGACAUGUAAAACAUGUAUUAAUUCAUAAAUUGCUUUGUUUUGAUGA